CCUGUGGCCAGAUAAAUGGGCGGGGUCAGUGGGGGAAAGGUAGGAAGACGCCUGUCUGCCGUCACUGGAGUUCAGUGUGGAGUGAACGGACGGCGCAGGGUUCGUCUUGCUGGAAUCUCGAGACUCAGCUCAGAGAUGUCGAAGAGUAAAGAUUCUCCUGCUGCUCCGCGGCUGUUUGUGGAUUUCUCAUUUCCCCUCGACCUUCAGCUCCAACCUGCUGUACAGUGGAAACGACCACUGGAGCUCUGCACCUUCCCACAAUUCAUAGUGGACGGAGCCACACGGAUGGACGUCUGUCAGGGAGUCCUGAACGACUGCUGGUUCCUCUCGGCAUUGGCCUCCGUGUCUCUGUGUCCUCCUCUGCUGAAGCAAGUGGUUCCCAUGGAGCAGAGUUUUCAGAGAGGAUACACCGGCUGCUUCUCCUUCAGGUUUUGGCAGUACGGUCAGUGGGUGGAGGUUAAGGUGGACGACCGUCUGCCCACUCAGAACGGUCAGCUGAUCUACCUGUGCUCCAGUCAGAGCAACGAGUUCUGGAGCCCCCUGCUGGAGAAAGCAUAUGCCAAGCUGAAAGGGGGAUACUCUGCUCUGAAUAUGGGGUUCCCUCAUGAGGCUCUGGUGGACAUGACCGGUGGAGUUACUGAGGUUCUGAUGCUGCAGACUCUUCCGCAGAACCUCAGCUCAUUUCUGCGCCCCCUGCUGGCCCGGGGAGCCCUCAUCAACUGUGCUAACACUCUGGGUCCACUGGAGCAGAAGAAUGAGUUUGGAAUUCUGUUCAAACACGCUUACUCAGUGACCGGCCUCGAAACGGUCCGCACUAAGUUCAGUGAAGUUGAGCUGGUGCGGGUGCGUAACCCAUGGGGUAAAGUGGAAUGGGAGGGGCCAUGGAGCGACAGCAAUGGGCCGGAGUGGAGUUUGGUCAGCAGGAAAGAGCAGAUGCGGUUGGGGAGAGUCGCAGUGGAGGAUGGAGAAUUCUGGAUGUCUGUGUCAGAUUUCCGGCAGAACUUCCAGGUAAUGGAGGUGUGUCACCUGAGUGAUGAAACUCUGAGUGGGGGCGGAGCUACAUACAGACCCUGGACCUGUACAUCUUACCAUGGACGCUUGGAUCCUCUCUCAUCAGGUGCCCCCCAGUAUCACCUGACCCUGCUGGAGGAGGAUGAUGACCCCACUGACCCCGAGCUCACCUGCUCCUUUCUGGUGGCACUGAUGCAAAAACACACACGACAGAAAGGAAUACUUCUGCCUACACAACUUAGCAUAUACAAGGUUCGCUCUGAGACCACUCUUCUGACCGCUCUGGAUGUUUCUCUGCUCCAGCCGGUGCUCUCUUCUGGUUUACAGCAGCAGAGGGAGCUGGUGCUCCGUGGCUGUCUGGCACCUGGAAAUUACAUCAUCAUCCCGUCCACCUCCGAGAAGCUGUACUCCACAGAGUUCCUGCUCAGGAUCCUGACGGAGAAAGGAAACACCACUGUACUGGCUCAGAGGCCCAUUACUGAUAAACCCACAUCUGCACAGUUGGUGUUAGGCCCGCGCUCAGUGCUUCCCUCGACCUCCAACACCCGCAAGCUCUUUAUGAAGCACUGCAAGGAGGGUCAGUGCAGGCCACUGCAGCUCCUUAACCUGCUGACCGAAAUCAUCAGAGGAGGAGUGUUUGCAGGCUCUGAGGAGAAGCUGUGUCUGGAGCACUGCAGGAGCUUCGUGGUGCUCAUGGACAGCCGUGGGCGGGGCCAGUUGGACUGGGAGGAGUUUCAGGCGCUGUGGGAUAAAUUCAGAAAGUGGACGGAUAUAUUCAUGAAAUUUGACGUCAACAAGACUCGCUCACUGGAUUACCUCGAAAUCUCUCCAGCUCUGACGGCAGCAGGCCUGCCGGUGGAUGAGUUUGUGCUGCAGCUGAUCGGCCUCCGCUACACCGAGCCGGAUCUGACCGUCAGCUACCCGGGAUUCCUCUACCUGCUGCUCAAACUGGACACCAUGAUCCGGAAGUUUCAGUCGUUUGAUGUUGUCAGGAUGGGAACCGUCUCAGUCAAUUACAGACAGUGGCUCCAUAUGACUCUGUAUAACUGAUCUCAGACCUGAACACACACACUUCAUUGGAUGUGUCGUGGUUGCACGUUGUGAGAGACGUGUGGAGAAUAUGAGAGUUUGUGUUAUGAGAGGUUUCAUGAGCAGCUCAGGGUACUUGGUGCUUUUUAGCCAAUCAGACGCUACUUUACUGUUCUGUUGUUUUUACAUGUUGAGCAACUGUGAAAAUAAUAUUGAAUCAUGAAAAACAUUAAACUGUGCAAUUUUAACCUUC